AUGGCAGGUCAAGAUGUCGAUUUUGAUUCUUUGCUGUCCGCCGCGGGCGAGCUUGGUCCCUACCAACUUUACAUGUCCUUCGCGAUGUUUCCCUUCUACACAUUUGUUGUAUUUGUAUACUUCACGCAAAUAUUCUUGACGGAAGUAUCUCCAAACCAUUGGUGCAGGAUCCCCGAGUUGGAAAACUUGACUGAAAUCGAAAGACGUGAUUAUGCAGCGCCCCCAGACAACUCUCGCUUUGGAUAUUCAAGAUGUUCAACUUAUGAUGUGAAGUGGGCGGACGUAGUUUUAACAGGAAAGAAACCUGACAGCAAUACGCCAACUAUUCCUUGCCAACAUGGAUGGGAAUUCAAUAAGAGUGAAAUACCGUAUCCAACAAUCACCAGUGAAAUGGGAUGGGUUUGUGAGAAAGACAGUUACCCUGCUACAGCACAGGCUAUCUAUUUUGUUGGUUCUAUAAUUGGAAGCUUGAUAAUUGGCUAUCUAGCAGACCGAUAUGGAAGAUUAAGUGCAGCCAUCAUCAGUACUCUUAUGGGAGGUAUCUUUGGAAUUCUUACUAUUUUCUCCAAAAAUAUUUAUGAUUUUUCAGUCUAUAGGUUUCUUACUGGGACCGCGUAUGAUUCUUGUAGGAUAAUGGCAUAUCUUAUUUGCUUAGAAUUUAUUGUUCCUAAACACAGGAGUUCUGUGUCAAACGUAACCUUUGGCGUAUUUUAUUGUUUAGCAGUCAUCGUUUUACCGUGGAUAGCUUUAGCUUGUGGAGAUUGGAAAAUAACAGCUUUGGUGACGUCAAUUCCUCUUUUAACUGUAAUACUAGCUCCACUUUAUCUCCCAGAAAGUCCAAAAUGGUUAAUUUCUAAAGGACGAGUAGACGAAGCUAUCAAGAAAGCUGAAAGAGUUGCUGAAGUAAACAAGAAAGUGAUACCACCGGACCUCAUUGAAAAAUUUAAGGUAAAUGCUUUGAAUUGUGAAGAAGCCAAGGACAUGAGCAUUCUAGAAGUGUUUAAAAGACCAUGUCUAAGAAAUAUAUUCCUUAUAAUAUGCCUUCAGUAUACUCUCGUAGCAGUGACGUUCGACGCAUUGUUUAGGACAAUUAAUUUAUUAGAUUUCAAUUUCUUUAUUUCAUUUACACUAAUAUCAUCUACAGAGCUUCCGUCCUCGUUGGUGGUUGGAUUCAUAAUGGACGUAUUUGGAAGGAGAGUCCUCAUUUUCGUAUUAUUAGUACUUACUUCAGUAUUUGGUAUAAUGACUACAUGUUUCUCUGGUUGGCAAUCAGUAGCAUGCGCCGUGUCUAUGAGGUUUGUUCUAAAUAUGGCAUAUAAUAUCUCAAUUCAAUGGGUCCCGGAAGUAAUGCCCGCCGCAGUAAGAGCGUCUGGUGUCAACAUAGCUCAUAUAUGCAGCUCUUUUGCCAUGAUCUUCUCCCCAUACAUAGUCUAUUCAGAGGUAUACUAUCGUUCCCUACCGAUAUUGAUAUUAUCUGUUUGUUCGUUAGUGGCUGCAGCAACCGCAAUAUUUUUACCAGAAACAGCUAAUAAAGUAAUGCCUCAGACAUUUGAUGAUGCUGAGAAACAAGCAAAAGAUCAUAAGCUAUGGGUUUUCGCAUGUAGUUGGAAUAAAACUGUUAAUAAAGAUUUAAAAACAUAG